AAAUAAAAAAAAAAAAAAAAAAAAAACAUGGCAGACCAUGGGCAGCAAGCCGUGCCAGUGCCGCGGAAGUUAUGGCAACAUUCCAACCCAAAGGACACUCAGAUGUAUCGGUUCAUGCAGGAUAUCAACCGCAAGCAUAACCUCCAACUCAAGGCAAGUGAAAUCCUUACAUUCCAAGACCUCCAUGCCUUCUCCCUCGCCAACCGCUCCGCCUUCUGGUCCCACGUCUUCGACUCGGCAAACCUCAUCCACGAGGGCUCCUACUCGGCCGUGGUCGACGAGUCCCUCCCCAUCGACGCCGUGCCCCGCUGGUUCGACGGCGUCCGGCUCAACUUUACCGAGAACGCGCUCUUCUCGCGUCCCUUUGGUCAUGCUGACAGCACAGCGGCAUUGCCUUGGGUGAGGGACAAGGAGGACGGGAAAGUGGCCAUCACCGAGGUGCGCGAGGGCGGGAGCGAGGUCAGGAGUGUCACGUAUGGCGAGCUGAGGGAGAUGGUGGGGAAGAUGGCGAGGGCAAUGAAGGCGCGCGGGGUCGCGAAAGGGGAUCGGGUCGUGAUUGUCGGUGCGAAUAGUGUCGAGACGUUGGUCAUGUUUCUGGCGGCGGCGUGGCUGGGCGCUGUAUUUAGUAGCAGCUCGACGGAUAUGGGAGUGAAGGGGAUUUUGCAGCGGGCGGUGCAGGUUAACCCGAGGUUGCUGUUUAUGGAUGACGCGGCGCUGUAUAACGGCAAGGUUGUAGAUCUGAGGGAGAAGAUGUCCGAGGUGGUGGACGGGCUGCGGGAAUGUUCUAACUUUGCGGGCGUCGUGUCCAUUCGCCGGUUUGCCGAGGCUAAAGAUAUCUCGCGCGUCGCCAAAGCCGAGACGUGGGAGUCGUUCCUUGCUGCGGCGGACGAGAACGCGCCCCUGCCCGAGUUUGUUCGCAUCGCCUUCCAUGAGCCCCUCCAGAUAUGCUAUUCGUCUGGCACGACAGGUGCACCAAAAGCCAUCGUCCACUCUGUGGGCGGCGUGCUGAUCAAUUACUACAAGGAGGGUUGUCUGCAUGAGGGACUAGGUCCAGACAGCGUCACGCUACAGUACACCACCACAGGAUGGAUCAUGUACCUUGCCAACGUCGGCGUGCUCCUUUUUGGUGGGCGCACGAUUUUCUACGAUGGCUCGCCCUUCCUGCCUGACGCCAGCAUCCUGAUCCGGAUUGCUGCCGAGCAAAAGGUCACCAAGCUGGGCAUCAGUCCGCGGUGGAUUUUCGAGGUGGCCAAGUCCGGCCUCCGCCCUCGCGACAUGGCUGACCUCUCGCAACUACGGAUUGUCACCUGCACGGGGAUGGUCCUAUCGGACCGGCUCUUCGAGUGGUUCUACGACGUCGGUUUCCCAACGCACGUCCAUCUGGCCAACAUCUCGGGCGGGACAGACAUAGCAGGCUGCUUCGGCAUCAUGAACCCGCUCAAUCCCGUGUAUGUGGGCGGCACGCAGGGUCCGUCAUUGGGCAUCCACGUAGCCAUCUACGACUCACUGCUACCGGACGGGGCAGAGGGGAAAGAGGUAUCGCACGGCACACCGGGCGAGCUGGUGGCCACCAAAGCGUUUCCCAACAUCCCCUGCUUCUUCUGGGGCGACAAGACAAUGGCCGGCGGUCCAGCUGCACCGGGGACGAAGUACCACUCGUCCUACUUCGCCCGGUUCCAGCACGUCUGGGCGCACGGAGAUUUCUGUGUUGUGCAUCCCGUGACGGGGAACAUCACCUUCUUGGGGCGGGCAGACGGGGUACUCAACCCGUCAGGAGUUCGAUUUGGGUCGGCUGAGAUCUACUCGGUCAUCGAGAGGCGGUUCGCCGACCGCGUGCAGGACUCGUUGUGUGUCGGGCAGCGAAGGCCGCAGGACAGCGACGAGUCGGUCAUGCUGUUCUUGCUCAUGAAACCUGGGACGAGGUUUGACCGGCGCCUGGUGAACGAGGUCAAGCAGGCCAUCUCGGCAGACCUGAGCAAGCGGCAUGUGCCAAAGUACAUCUUUGAGACGCCCGAGAUUCCGACCACCGUCAACCUCAAAAAGGUCGAGCUCCCCGUCAAGCAGAUCGUGUCCGGGCAGACCGUCAAAGCGAGCGGUACGCUGGCCAAUCCGCAAAGUCUAGAGUAUUAUUACCAGUUCGUCAGGGUGGAGGAGCUGGUUGAGCCCAGGGAGAAGCUUUAGUUAGAUAUUGCUAUCCUGCUAGAAGGCGACACGGACGGUGUGGUUCUGAGAGUAGAAACUAGAACCUCUGUUUGUCCUGUUGCAUUUUACAAGUACAACUCACUACCGAAAGAACGUACUUUCUGACGGCAGCGGUGAUGAAGCAGAACAGAGGGAGGUUUAAGGACACGGGAUGCUCACACCUCGAGGUUCUGGCCCGUUGAGAGAUGAAGAUCAAGGGGCGAGCGCGAGACAACCCGGUAUUUACCCUUCCC